ACCUGACAUAGAUCACAUCGUAUAACCAACCACAGUUUCAGUUUACAAUCCAUUAUGUCAAAGUUGAGUUUCAUCGAGUUCAAAUAUGGAUCAUUGAAAAGACCAACUGAUCAGUUGAACAGCAUCAACAAAACAAGACAAAGCUCCUCGAACAUGUCUUCUUACCAACCAAACAUGGAGGAAAUGAAAUGGGUGUUCAACAAAUUCGACACCAACAAAGAUGGAAAAAUCUCCAAACAAGAGUACAAGUCGGCUAUGAAAAUGAUGGGGAAAGGAAUUACAGACACAGAAAUGGUGAAAGCAUUUACUACCAUCGACACUGAUGGUGAUGGAUUCAUCGACUACAAGGAAUUCAUUCACAUGAUGCAUAACAUGGAAGAAGGGUUCAAUAACAAUGAUAUCAAAACCGCAUUUCGAGUAUAUGAUUUGAACGGUGAUGGGAAAAUAAGUGCAGAAGAAUUAAUGGCGGUGAUGAAGACUAUAGGGGAGAGAUGUAGCUUGGAAGCUUGUCGUAAAAUGAUCAAAGGUGUGGAUGUUGAUGGGGAUGGUUUGAUUGAUAUCAAUGAGUUUAUGAUCAUGAUGACUCGUACCAUGAAACCCUUUCACUGAUCCAUCUGGUGUUAUUUUAAGUAUUCUAGAUUUGUAAUAAGUAGUAUUUGCAGUUUUUAGAAUAAAGAGCAGGUAUCAAAUAGCAUAAAAUUUGAACAUGAAAUGGUUCAUAGAACAGAUAAAGAUAGAACAUUGAGUUGAAGAUGUUGCAGAGGUUUUUAUAUAAUCAUCUGGCCAUACGUCCUACCACUGGAGCAACUGUAAUUCCUCUGCCUUGUCGAUCCAUGUUUGCUUGCCAACCUUUGAACCCACAAUUUUAUUAUCAGUCAAUGUAAAGAAAAACAUGUGCCACCAGUUUUCUACAAUAA